AAAACCCAAACAUUCCUUAAAAUCUUCAAAGCUCAAACUCGCAGGUAAUCAAAUGGAGAGUGUACGAAGAAUGGUGGGCGAGAAGCCAGUGGUGAUAUUUAGCAAGAGCUCCUGCUGCAUGAGCUAUAGCAUCAAGUCCCUAUUCUCCGACCUGGCGGUGUACCCCGCGGUCUACGAGCUCGAUGAGAUCCCGAGAGGCCGGGAAAUCGAGCAGUUCUUGUCCAGGAUCGGCUGCAACCCUACUGUUCCGGCGGUGUUUAUCGGCGGCGAGUUGGUGGGGGGAGAAAAUGAGGUUAUUGGUCUUCAUCUUCAAGGCUCUUUAAAGCCAAAGCUUAAAAAGGCAGGAGCUAUAUGGGUGUAAAUUAAAUGUAAUUAUAAAUCCGCACUAGUAUUUUUUUUUUGAGUA